CUUGAGACAUGUGUAUUUCUGCUGUUUGCCUGCUUAUGGGAUUACUAUUUUGUGCCCAGUACCGGUGCUCGGCGUGUCCCGGUAGCUGCGAGUGUUUUGUUGUCACUCGUACAGUGAAGUGUAUGUCUAAGGAUCUUCUCACGGUGCCACAAGGAAUCCCGGGAUAUGCAAGGACUGUCAUCAUUACAGGGAAUAAUAUUCACAAGAUUGGACCCCAUUCCUUUGCAGAGCUGGAGAACGUUUCCAAUGUCAUUCUAAGCAAUAACGGGAUCACAGCAAUGGCUUCCCACAGCUUCUCUGCUCUCGUCAACCUGCGCUUCCUGGACCUUAGUGGCAACCAGCUGGCACUCAUCCAUCCAGAGGCUCUCAGCAUCCCUGGCAGUCCUCUGCAGGAGCUCAACCUGAGCCGCUCACUCUACAACUUCACCGCCCUGACGGACCUCACAACAGCUCUGCGAUGGGGAGACCUUCGGGGGCUUCUCCGUCUGGAUCUUUCUGGGAAUCACCUGGCACUAAUUCCACCUGGGAUGUUCUCCCACCUUCCUAAUCUGCAGCAGCUCUUCCUGGCUAACAACUCUCUUGCGGCAGUCUACACUGGAACCUUCUCCGGUAUGAAUGACUUGGAACUGCUUGACAUGACGCACAACGCCUUCAGGACAUUCAGAGAGGAUGAUCUCAAAGAGUUGGAGAAGCUCGGGAACAUCCGAAUCCUUCUGGGAAACAACCCUUAUUCCUGCUCUUGUGAAAUCCAGAGUUUUGUCACCUGGUUGAACGAAUCGCGGGCUCAGGUGGACAUGGAGGCUGUGAGGUGCACCUCUCCUAAAGUGUUAACCAACAUCCGGGUGAGAGGGCUCGGGGUGCGAACCAUCGGAUGUGUCAUUCCGGUCCAAACAGAGAUGACCGACCUCACGUUACAGACGUCCUACGUCUUCCUGGGGCUGGUGCUGGGAUUUGUGGGCAUGGUCUUCCUCUUUGUGCUCUACCUCAAUCGCAAAGGCAUGAAGAGGUGGAUUAUCGAAAUGAGAGACGCAUGCCAUGAUGUCAUGGAGGGUUAUCACUACCGAUAUGAGAUCGACUCAGACCCUCGCUUGGGACACAUCUGUGCACACGAUGACGGCGGCAGCAGAGCGCAAGAGCAUUCAGGAUUAUCUCUGUCACAGCAGCUGCCCAAUGACACUUGCAUUGUUCCUGCAGGCCCACAGGUCAAAAAGAUGAGCGCAUCUCCACGUGGAAACUUAAGAUCUCCCUCUGAAGCUAUUUAAGACAACAUGUUUUAGAUUAGACUAUUUACAGCCAGUAGAUUCAUUUACGUCUCUGAGCUUGUGCAUGCACUGUAGUUCUAACGAAUAAACCUUCCUUUCAAAGUGCCUUCUUUGCUUGGAUAGCACGAGAACAGGGGUCUCAAACACGCAAAUGUGGCCCGCUGGGCACUAGUUUGAGGCCCCCGCCUUGAUAUGAAAGUUUAAUGUUAGUGCGGCCCGCGCAAGUUUGAUAUGGAUGCUGUAUGGUAUCAUGUACCCAGAAAAAAUGAUUACGUUUGAUUAAUGUUCAUGUUAAAGGUUAAAUAACUGUUAAUAGUUAUCCUCCCUAUCCGUGUGGAAGUGGUAGGUUUUUGGCGAUUUAAGUUCAAAGGAAAUAACUUGAAGGCUACCGUUAAGGUCGCUAGCUCUCUAGUUUGCGCGUUAGCAUGUGUCUCAAGACCCUGCAGUUGCGCAAUAUGUUGUAAAUAAGAGUAUAAAUGUGACUAUAGUCGUGUUUUGUCAUGUCUACAGGGCUCUAAUAAUGCUUUGUUCAUUUUAAUCUGAAAAAAUAAUUUGUCUACCCACCAACUAUAUGUGGUUUCUUAAGUUUAUUAUUUAUUAUUUACCGUUUUAUUAUUAUUAUUAGUAUAUUUAUUUAUUACUAAUUGAUUGAUUUUCUUUAUUCUUGAUUUGUUUUUUUCAUCUUAUUUUAUGCAGAAGAUAUUUGAGAACAGUGGAAUGUUUUAUCAGAGCUUUUAUUGUAGAAAAUCGGAAGCACUGAAAAAGUUUGUAUAUUUUUCCGUUUUUAAUAAAUGCGUUUUUUUUUUUUUUUUUUGGAAAACCUGAUGCGGCCCAGCCUUGCCCAGACCCUAGCUCCAGUGGCCCCCAGGUAAAUUGAGUUUGAGACCCCUGCAUUAGAAUUUUUUUUUGUAGGGGUACUAUCUUAGAUUUGUACAAAUAUAUGCUUCAGUCGGAGCUUAUGUUUGAUGAUAAGCUUGGAAAAUGUUUUGAAAUGUAUUUUUCUGUUUAUUUGUAUGGCUGCAACUAUUGUAAUAAGCGAUUAAUCGGUAGAUAAUUUUUUAAUUAAUUUUAUAAAAUACUUUCAAAUUAAAAAUAUUCACAUUUGAGAGGCUGAAAUCUGAGAAUAUUUACAUAUUUAAAUCAAAACAUGAUUAAUCGAUUGCCAAAAUAGUUGUUGGUUAAUUAGGUAAUCGAUUAAUUGUUGCAACCCCAGUUAUUUUAUUACAUGCUAAAGAAACUCAUAGAAUAGUUAUAUCAUAAUGAUGCUUUUACAUUGACUGUGUACAGGGGUAGGAAUUGAACAAUAUGAUUAUUAUUGGCGGCAGCACGGUAGAGUAGUGGUUCGCAAGUCGGCCUCCCUGAGAAGAGACAAGGACAAGGUCACAUCCAGAAAGCAUGUUUAUGUCUAGCCAAGCAAGUGUGAAUAGUUGUUUGCCACACGUCUAUAGAAAUAAAAUGUAUUAUUAUUAUUAUUAUUAUUAUAUCUGGCCUGUGACUGACUGACAACCAGUAUAGGGUGCACCCCACCUCUUGCUGAAAGCCAGCUGGGAUAGGCUUCAGCUCCAACCUAGACCCCAACCCUAGAGGUUAUGCGUGAUACAUAUUGGAUGGAAAUGCAUUGUUAUUGUUGAGUAGAAAUGAACUGCAUUGUAGUUAGAAUUGCUUUUAAUAUUUUGCAUCUCUAUUUGUACCUUGUAAUGGGGGCAAAAUAUUAGAAGCAGCAACACCAUUGCAAAAUACAAGAAGGGUAUUACAACAUGACAUUAAAUAUGGAGGUGUGGCUAAUGAAGUGUAUGCUAAUGAUACUAGUUUUUUCAGUGGCAUGAUAAAUAAAUGAGUAUACACAGUAUAAUUGUGAAGCACAUAGAAUUUAUACUGUAACCCUUAUUGUGUUUUACCCACAAAAUAAAAGCAUAUUUGCUGUUAUUUAUUUUUCUCG